GAGUCCCCGCCUCGGGAACCCGGAUCUUACGAGGCGAGCAUGUUGACUCUACGCCGCAUACCAAACAGUCCAUGGAAAACCCUACUGCGUCGCAGCUCCAGUGCAGCAGAGCCUCCCCCAGCUGGAGGCCAUCUACCUUCUGUGGCUACCUCUCAGCUGCUUCGGACCACCAGGGAAGGCGCGCUGAAGACCCGAGGACUUACUUGGAACGACGAUGAUUCUGUGCAAACGUUUCCUGGUGCGAGCCGCGAAACGCGAAAGAUGAAUGUCUAUCAAGCGGUGCGAGAUGCGUUGAGUAUCGCGUUAACGAAGGAUGACAACGCGGUGGUCUUCGGAGAGGACAUAGCUUUCGGCGGCGUGUUUCGAUGUACCAUGGGUCUUGCGGAGGAAUUCGGUCGUGAACGAGUCUUCAACACCCCGCUGACGGAGCAAGGAAUCGCUGGUUUUGCCAUAGGAAUGGCAGUCAUGGGCCACACCGCUAUUGCAGAAAUCCAGUUCGCUGAUUAUAUCUUCCCCGCAUUUGAUCAGAUCGUCAAUGAAGCUGCGAAGAUCCGCUACCGCUCAGGCGGACAGUAUAAUGCGGGUGGUCUGACGAUUCGGACACCGAGCAUGUCUGUGGGACAUGGUGGAUUGUACCACUCUCAAUCGCCGGAAGGGUUUUUCAUGGGUGUUGCAGGGAUCAAGGUGGUUAUACCUCGAUCCCCCAUUCAAGCCAAAGGGCUAUUGCUGGGCUCGAUCCGUGACCCGAAUCCAGUCAUCUUCAUGGAACCGAAAAUCCUCUAUCGAUCUGCUGUCGAACAGGUUCCUGCCGACGACUUCACACUGCCACUUGGCGAAGCAGAAACGCUCGUGGCCGGAACCGAUCUGACUCUCCUCACGUGGGGAACACCCGUGUAUCACUGCGAAACGGCUCUCAAGAUGCUGGCAGACCCGCCACCCGGACUGGCUCCCCACGUGCCAGAAUCUGUUCGAAAGGCCCGGAUAGAGCUCAUAGAUCUCAGGACGAUUCUUCCUUGGGAUGCAGCUACGAUCGCGGAAAGCGUGUCUCGCACAGGACGACUGGUGAUAGUGCAUGAGGCUGGUCUGACAGCCGGCGCGGGUGCAGAAAUUGCUGCCGAGAUCCAAAAACGUUGCUUCUUGAAACUUGCUGCCCCAGUUCGCAGGAUCACCGGAUGGGACACGCCAGUCGCACUGCAGUAUGAGCGAUUCUAUAUCCCAGAUGCAGUGCGCAUUCUGGAUGGCAUUGUGGAAACAUUAUCUUACUAGCGGGGUCUAUCUCGCAGGGGACAAAACCAGUGGUGGUCAUCCAGAAUUCUCAUGCCAACGGUCUACUGCAGUACUCACCCAGAAAGGUCAAUAGGCGAAUUUGUAGUCCCGAAGCAAUCCGAGAGUUAUUCUACCUAGCCAUGUGUAGGAUGAGGAAGCUCGAGUGUACGAGCUCGUUUGAAGUGUCUCUUGAAUCAAUCUCCAUAGAAUAAACUUGACGUUGC